AUGGCUGGAAAAACUUUGAAUGAUGGAGUUAAAAAAAGCACAACGAGGCGGAUUUUUUUGGUUAGAAAUAGUGAAGCCGCUGGAUUUGGUGGUUUAAGGAACAACAAUGCUUUUCAGAAUCAUAAUAAAUUCGCAAAAAUGGAUAUCGAUCAGGCGGUAAUGACUGUAAUUCGACCAGAUAAUCUAGAAAAUUCAAUUGAAGAUCCACCUUUGACUCAAAUAGGACGAUCAAGUGCUGAACUUAUUGGUCGUUCCUUAUCCGAUCGUAGCUUUCACAUUCAUACUAUCUACAGUUCACCUUCUCUCAGAUGUAUUCAGGUGGCAUUUAUUACAGCUAUUGCUCUCAUGUCGACGCUUAAUUAUCGCAAAUUGCCUAGAUUUCGCAUAGAGCCUGCUUUGUUUGAACCAUUCAGUCUUUGUCAUAAAAUUCCGAAAUUUCUAAGCCCAAGGGAUCUUCAAAUAAAUGGUUAUGCUUUCGACGAGCAUUACAAAUCAGUGAUGUCAAUUACAGAUCUCAUUAAUGCUUUUCAUCAAGAGUUAAGACCAAGUGAUAUCCAAAAACGAGUUGAAAAAAUUGUUCACAGGAUUUUAUCAGGGAGAAAACAGGAAGGGGGUAUAUUAAUCAUUUCUCAUGCACCAAUUCUCGAUGUCAUUUAUCGAAUCCUGACAAAUCGACAUGAUAUGCCGCGAACAAUGGGUGAUGUACAACGUUUAAUUCAUAAUUACCCACGGUGUUCUAUAACAGUUUUGCAGUAUAAUCCAAUGACAGAUUUUUGGGAAAAUCAACAAAAUGCUAUUUCUCAGCCGACUGAUUGGCUUUCUAGUAGCAGGGUUAACGUGCCUAACUUUGAUUAA